AUGCAUCUCACAUGGGCCACCGGAAUCGCCGGCCUGGCUAUAUGGCUCGGCCGCAUCCCACCUGGUCAGACCCUGGCCACGGAGUCCAGGUUGCUGGCCACCUACGACUAUGUGAUUGUCGGCGCAGGAGUCUCAGGACUUACGGUAGCGAAUCGCCUGUCAGAGAACAAAAAACUAAGUGUUCUCAUCAUUGAAGCAGGCGGAUUCGACGAAGACGAAGACUUUAUCCUUGUUCCUGGCCUUGCGGGGAACGCAAUCGGCACAAAGUAUGACUGGAACUUGACAUACGCGGUAAACCCGGACCUGGGAAAUCGUACUGUUUCUAUCCCCCAAGGAAAGGCAGUCGGAGGCUCGAGUCUGUUGAACCGCAUGGUCUUUGAUCGCGGAUCCAAGGCUGACUAUGACCGCUGGGAGGCACUGGGGAAUCCUGGUUGGGGUUGGAGGGACCUCUUUCCAUUCUUCAAAAAGAGUGAGAACUUCACGCCUCCAAGCGAGGACGUGAUUGAUGAGUGGAAUGCCACAUAUGACCCAGCAGUCCACGGCACGACUGGCAACGUCCAGUCCAGCUACGCUCCGUGGAUUUGGCCUUCUACAAAACAAUUCAUCAGCGCGAUUACGAGCCUUGGGGUCCAUGUUCCCCGUGAUGGUGCGAGUGGCGACGCCCUCGGUGGAUUUUUCGUGCCCCAUAGUCAGGAUGCGAUUUCUGUGACUCGGAGUGACGCCCGCAGGGCCUACUGGGAUGCGGUGUCGAAGAGACCCAAUGUUCAUCUUCUUACCGGCCAGAGAGUGACAAGAAUGAUCAGCAAAAGGACUUCGCGCAGGGUGCAAAUCACUGGAGUGGAGUUUGCAGCGCACCGAUCAGGGGCCCGAACUAUUGUUAACGCUCGCAAGGAAGUACUCCUAGCAGCAGGGGCAAUUCACACUCCUCAGCUGCUGCAAUUGUCAGGAAUCGGUGACAGAGCAACCCUCAACAGGCAUAACAUCUCCACCGUAGCCGAUGUCCCAGGUGUCGGCCGCAACCUCCAGGACCAUCUUCACGUCCCCGUAGUGUUUUCAUUCGAUUUCCCCCUAACCGCCACGAAUCUUACGACAAACAGCACAUUCGCCGCUGAAUCGUGGGCCUUGUAUCGCACCCAUAAGACAGGCCCUUACGCCGACGCAACUGGCGACUUCCUUGCCUUCUUUCCAACUGUAAACUUCACCUCUCAAGCUGAUGUCCUCCAGGGCAUUGCUGCUGAUCAGAACCCGCAAGCCUACCUGGACAAAGACACUCCGCCCUCAAUUGUGGACGGCUACGCCGUCCAGCAUAAACUCCUCACAAGCGGACUCGCCGCUACGGAUGAAGCGCAGCUCGAAAUCAUCUGGGCGGACGGCACGUUUGUUCUCGGCCUCCAGCAUCCCUUUUCACGGGGCAGCGUGCGUCUAGCGUCAUCCGACCCUUUCGCGCAACCUCUCGCGGACCCUGCGUAUCUGCGUAAUCCUGUCGACGUGCGGAUCCUAAUCGAGGCGAUCAAGUACGCGCGCUCGUUAACCACAACCCUUUCUCUGGCGGCAUUUAACCCCGUCGAGCUCGUGCCCGGUGGCAGCAUCACCUCGGAUGAAGAUCUGGAAGCUUAUGUCCGCGGCGCAGUAGACUCGCUCUUCCAUCCAUCAGGAACUUGUGCCGUGGGUAAAUUUGAACUUGGUGGCGUUGUUGAUGUGGACUUCAAGGUACAUGGAGUGAAAGGUCUAAGAGUUGUGGAUGCCAGUGUGUUACCAAUGUUGCCGGCGACGCAUAUUCAGAGCUCAGUCUAUGCGGUUGCUGAGAAGGCCGCGAAGGCGAUUCUAUCUUAG